UCGUGAUUGUGUAUGGAUUUUGUACUGUAGAACAACUACGGCAAGUUUCUGGCGAAAAACCCUUGAAUUUCCCUAAAAUAUUUGUUCAGACAUCAAGACUUUCGCUCGUUCUGCUCCAAAAUUUCCAGUCGGUCACAUAGGGCUAGCGGAGCUGUAGUCGUUGCCGUCAGUUUGACAAACAGCAAAGCAUUUCCUCGGAGAAGUUUUCAUUUAAAAUUUUCUAGCUUUUCCCGUAGUUUUGUGCGAAUUUCAGUGUUGGAAAGUGAUCGGUACAUGGCCCGGAAGCGGCCGGCAGGCCACCCAUUCAGAUUCAGCCAUUAAAACCUGGAUACAAUGAACAAAUCGCGAAUAAAAAUGAAAGGAGGUUAGGAAUGUGGGCAAUGGCCCAAACAAAUACUCAUAACAAUAUGAGAUGAUUGUCGAGUCAUGGCAGAAUUCUUGCCGCUAUGUGAUCUACUGUUCAAUAUAGUAUCGCUGGCCGCAUACUUCUGCGAUCUCGCUUUCGACUUCCUCGUCGUCUACUCCCUCUACCAGAGCGGUCUCACUGUGCUGCUGGGGCUGUGCUUGAGCGCGAUCAUCAUCACCAUGCUGGUCUCCCAGAUCCUGAGCGUAAAAUGGUACCUGUCCAAGAAACCCACCAGCCUAUUGGUUCUGGGGCUGCACGUCCUACAAAUGGGCAUCCUCUGGCGCUACGCCCGUCUGCUGCACCCCGUCCAUCUGGGCACCGUAAAGCAGGAGGUGCGCGAUUUGUGCAUUCUGCGGCUUGUCCACGGGUUUCUGCAGGCGGCGCCCAUGCUGCUGUUGCAGCUCAGUUUACUGGCCGAUCCGGGCAGCAAACCGGGCAUGCCCAGCGAUUUGGUGACCGUCUCAGCUGCGCUCUCGCUUUUCUCGGUUUGCUGGGCUUUGGCCUCGUUCAGCAAACAUGUGCAAAGCGUCGAUCGACUGGUCUUAACGUGGCUGGGAGUCGUGUCACAGCUGCUAUGGAGAGCCGGCACUGUAACCUCCCGCGCCCUCGCCCUCUCCGCCUAUGCGGCCACUUACCAUUCAUGGAUUUCCUUGGUGUUGGGCAUGCACUGGGCCUGCAUGUUCCUCUGGUUGCUGAGCCCCCGCAGCCCCUUUCACGGGCAAAGGGGCCGGAAGCUGUGGGUGUGCGCCCUUGUGGCCGCCAUCUACGUUCUCGCCUACAUCAACCUGCAGGGAAAACCGCACGGCCGCACGAUGGCCAUCUUCUACGUGGUGAUGCUGCUGGAAAACUGUCUGCUGGUCAGCGCGUGGCUGUCCGCUUCCUGGAACCAUCGCCCCGACCAAUGGGUGCUCG